GCCACUUCCGUCUAAAAUUUACAAUCAUGCCAACUCAUGAAAACACACUUGGUGUUAGCCUUUCCUGUUGUAAUGGCUGCUGCUAGGCCAGCUGUUUCUUUGGGCGUUCUAUUAAACUGACAGUGGAUUUGGAGUCCCAUUUCUCCAUUGUUACCAAGAAGAUAUGUCCAUUUUAGUUGGGGCCUUUUAAGCAGCAUGUGAAGAAAAACGUAGGGUCAUUUUUGACAAGACGCCAAUGACACAGACAAACAUGAAACAUGCCAAUGUUUGUCGAAAACGUCCUCGCAGUGACUUGGAAGAAGACUGCGAUGACUGUCUUCCAAUAUCAAAACGCAUCAACAAACUCCAUAUUGAAUCGGCCAGAAGAAGUCAGGAGGAAGGAUUGGUUAAAAGAGAUGCAUCUCAGGGCUUCACUGGAGAAGGAACUUCCUCUGCAAACUGUGAUCCUCAUCUGUUGCCUUGGCAACAAGCUCAACUAGUCAAUCAAAGUCUGGUCUGUGGUCCUGGAGCCAAUCAGAACCAGUUGUCCAUUCCUGGGUGUUCAGUUGCCAACCAUCAAACACAGUCAUCGCUGAAUCCAGAGGAGGCAAGAACGAACAAUAAUGAUAUGUUAAACAGUCCUGAUAAUGUUGCUGCAGUUUGUGAUCAGUGUCCAAUCAACAUGGAGGACAUCGCAGGUUAUGAUCCGGAACUGAAAGAGGGAGAGAACCCACACUACUUCCGGGUCAACAAUAUUCUCUAUGAUGCCCAUGUGUCUCGCGUCACACGGACAAAGUCAUUCCAUGAGCUCAAUAGCUAGUGUUGCUUGUCUUCUCGUGCCUCUCAUGUGUCCGGGCUUGCACCACAGCCCAGUCAAAGAGAAGGAGGUGGCAGUUUGAUGAAUACUGUAUUAGCUAUAUUUAGCGCUGUGCUCCAGUGAAUGCCCCCUGACCAACUCGAAGACCAGUUUGUUACUAUGGUCCUUGUAACCAGUCCAAACUUAAAACUAAGACAUAACACAUGACCGCCCAUAUGUUAAUCAUUUCUUACAGAAACAGCAAUGUACACAGGGAAUAUGAUAAAAUCUGAAGUAUUAGAAAGGUUUUAGUUUCAUCAAUAUUUGUUCUCUACUGCUCAAUCACUGACAAAAAUUCUUUUUAAGCUUUCAAUAAGAACCUCCCCUCCUCCCCACCCAUUAGUUUAUUUUCUAUGAUCCAGGGAGGGUUGAUUAGGCAGAUAUGAUACCUUUGUUUAACAGUGUUUAGUAUUUAUUUUCCAAAAAAAAUUCAGAAGGAAAUUGACCAUUGUCUAGGAAUUAGAAUGGGACGAUUUUAUUUGGGUUUGCAAAAGAGACUUGAUUCACUGUGUUGGAUGACUCAGCAGCAGUACCCCUUGAUGGAGCAGUAGAGUGUAGAGAACAUGUUAAUGUUAGCAUGCGAAGACGUGUAUAUGUCAGUGUGUGAAAUAGUCACCUGCCUGAUAGCACUUUGCUGUACAACUUGCAGUCAGGCUGAAGAUUCUGAAAUGGUCCUAGCCAGACUGGCAACUGAGAUUUACAACUUCUGUGAGUAGCAUUUAGAAGUUGGUUUGCUAACAAGGGCUAUAGUUCUGAGGAUAUACAACUUCUUUAUUACAAUAUAUGUAACAUUUCGAUGUAGAUACUUACACCAUUAUCAAGCAUCACACUGUACACCCAAACGUUGCCUAGUUUAUAACAAAGAAGUUGUAUGUCCUUAGAAAUGAUAACCCAUGUUAAGAUUUAUGUUUGCUUCAUACCAAGGAAGAAUCAGACUUCUGGUUAAGUAUGCUGACAUAUUUAGGCUAGUGAACCUUGUAAUAGACCACCUGGCCAGCAAUAUUUUGAGAUUAUUUCACCCACUGGUAUUUGUUCUUGAGAAGACUUUUGGGAAUUUGUUUGCAUUACCAAUACUACUAAUUUCAAAAUACUGUUAUAUGUUCAGUAUAUAGUUCAGUUGCUUUCUUUUUACUGGCAAUAUUAACAAUGUGAUAGUUCCUAAUUACUGACAGGCGGUAGCCUAGUAGUUGAAGUGUUCACAUGUUACACCAAAGACCGAGGUUUGAUUGCCCACUUGGAUACAAUGUAUGAAGCCAAUUUUCUGGUGAUAUUGCUGGAAUAUUGUCAAAACCAUUCUCACUCAUUCCCUCAUUCUCUCUUGCUUUGUACCAAGUUGUAAUCAUAACAAUAACUGUCACUUAUCCUAACAUGUAUAUCGGUGCACAUAUGAAGUUCUUUCAAUAUGCGAUACAUGUAUUUAAUAUUUAUGAAUACCUUGAAUAUGAAUAAUAACCAUAUUUGUAAAGCAGUAUGAAGUGUAAGCUUCAUCGCUAUGUGAUACUUGUUGCUAGAGUUGUGACAUCAGUGCAGACUUGCACACAUUUGUUUCAUGUUUUUUUGGGAAGUCCAUACAAACUAAACCUCACCCAUUCCUGCCUUUGAAAUUCAGAUCUAUUUAAAACUAAUCCCGAGAAUUAGGGAUAACUGUAUUUCUCCAUUCCUUAAAGACUCAGUUCCCAGUCCUGCUUUAAAAUAAUGUUCAGUAUGUUUACAUUAUUCAGUUCCUAUUUGUAACAAUGUGGAAGUGUUGUGAGCUAUUUUGGAAUAAGAGCAAUCAAAUGGUACUAGACCAUGAUGACUACCAUCACUGGGUUUAUACUUGUUCUCAACACAAUGAAGUAGUGUUUACAUACAGGACUCUUGUGAAUUUGAAGGCUGGUCCCUUGUUAGAAGUAAUCUACGAGCACAGCUUGACAGGCAGCCUUUCAUACAACACUGCUUUCUUUUUUGCCCCUUGGUACUUGUUUUAUUUGGCGGUUUAAAAGUUGAUUUUUUUCAUCACAGAUCAUUCAUAGAGGAACAGGAUGUCAGUGUGUGACAUAGUGGAUGGACGGAUGCUGUCAUGUCAGUUGUGAAUAUGUAUUCAAUAGGUAAAUGGAAGAUAGAGAUGUUUGUAUCAUGAGAAGUAGCUGUGACAUGUUGCUAGAGGCGAGUGACUGGAAGUAUCAACUUCAUAGCAUUUCAGUUGGUAUGACUGAGUAACUGUUAAAAUUGUCAUGUAAUGGCUUUCUCUACAGAAUUUCAUAAAUAUGUAUGGUAUUAUACUGGACUUAGUUGUAGUUAUCAUUAUCUCAGCUGUAUGUAGUGAGAAAAGUAGUGUGGUAUAUUGCCCAUUACAGUGUUCGAAAUAGCUUUAGUGUGUUGCCAUAGUUACUGUUGAGGUGGAACCUCUCUAACAGUAUUACAGCACAGUAAAGUCUGAACACUUGUAUGCUUAUCUCUUGCUGAUAUUUUUUAAUUUGAUGAAUUCUCUUUACAGUGUGGCUCUUUGCUUUAGAUUGAGAUAGGUUCACAAUGUUAUAUUUACAUUAUAUAAAUAUUUUGAUGCAUGUUACCAUAUUGACAGCUGGAGUAAAGAAAAUGGAGAGAUUAGUGGUCUAUGGAUAAUCUACUGGCAGCUAAUUCGAACACUGUAAACACGUAGAAAAUGAUGAAACUUUUAAGUUAUACCCACCUCAUUAAACUUUGAUGUCUUCUUCAAAUGCAGUACCUUUAUCCUUCCACAGGAAGUCUCAAAAGGUGAAAUUUUCUAGGUUUUCUAAGCAAGUGAACAAUUUAGAGUACCGGUAACAUAUUUUGCUUUUCUGAAUCAUGACAAAGGAUUUGUUUGAGUGGCAUUCUAGAAGUUGCUGGUAUAGAGAUGACACAACUUUAUGGAUGAUCAACUUCUGUAUUUUAACAAUAGCGACGUAUCAGUAUAGGUUCUUAUACCUUAUUCUCAUGCUUGAAAACGGUAUAAGAACCUAUACCGAAACGUCGGUAUUGUUAAAACAAAGAAGUUGAUCAUCCAUAAAGUUGUGUCAUCUCCAUGACAUAGGAAUGUAAACUUACAGUUCUGAAUGAGGACAAACUAAUGAUAUGCUACACUCCAUCAUUGAUGAACACUAAACCUAAACGAUCAACAAAAAGCGAAAACACAGGGAUAUUUAUCGAGGUUAUUUUAACAUAACAUCAGUAUGUCUGCACAUGAGUCUGAAGUCAUACAUAUAACAAUGAAAGGAACUCAUUGUGUUGACAAAAUUACGAAUGUAUUUCAGCUGAAUUGUUUUAGAAUGCUAUCUCUGGUUGGGUAUCCAGGUUUACUCAGUGUUCGACCGGUCACGUCCUGUGGAGGGUUUGUCAGAUCUUGGAGAGAAGUCUCAGACUGUUAUCAUGGUCAUACAGAACUAAUACUGCAUGCAUGGGGUGAUAUCAUGAUAGUGUAUGCUUUCUAUACUUCACUAAGGGACUGCUCAUAUAUAUAAAGGGGGCAGUGGGGUAGCCUAGUGGUUAAAGUGUUGGCUCGUCACGCCGAAGACACGGGUUCGAUUCCCCACAUGGGCACAAUGUGUUAAGCCCAUUUCUGGUGUCCCCGCUGUGAUAUUGCUGGAAUAUUGCUAAAAUCGGCUUAAAAACUAAACUCAGUCAGUCAUAUAUAUAAGGGGUUAUGAACAAAAUGACACUGUGAAUAGUGUCAAUGAUAUUUAUCGCAACCAUUGGGUUUGUUACAAAAACUUAGGGGAAGGUAAUCAAAAUGUGAUAGACUAAUCUCACUGACCCCCGCACCCCCUUAUAAUAAAUGACCAGUCCCUAAAACCUUAGGAAGAUCUUGCUAAUGUGGAGCUUUGGAAAAAAUGUAGAUAUCAAAUUGAUUCUUUAACCAGGUGUUCAUGGGUGCAGUUCUACAUGUUUGACAAACACAGUUCAUAAAACUGUCACUUCAAUACAAAUUCAUGUUAUGAUUCAACACUGAAAUAGUGAGUAUAGUAUGUGAAGUGUGGAUGGAUAACACCACUGUUUACCCCCAAACACUGUAGACUAGUAUUUCUUUAGUAGAUCUUACAUGUAUAUCUAGUCAAGGAAUGAAAGAAUGCUCCAAGUUUGUUUAUUUAUGAUUAUAUUUUCCUCUUUGCUUGUACCACCAUGUUGGAUUGUACUUUUGCUGUAGAUGUUAUUCUACCUUAUGUCACAUAUUAUGGCUUGACGGUCUCAAGCUAAACAAUAUAAUAUCUUUCAACAUUAAAA